GUUGUCUGUUUUUUUCUCAUUUUUCUUCCGUUUACUAACAGUCCUGGCUACAAAUCUAUUUACUAUUUCUUUAAACCCACACUUCUGAGCCCAACUCUCUGCUCCUCACAGGUCACUUCUUCAGCUGCUGGCUGCUGCUAGCUCUCGAUGCUAUUCCUUUUUCGGAGAGCAGAUAGUUUUAGCAUGGGAAACACCCAACGCACAGUAUUUCUGAUGGUGCACGUUAAGUCCGUGCUCGUGAACGAGCAUUGCUUCUCGAUGCAAACCUUGGGAUGAAUGAUGGUUAGUUAGCGAUAAGUGAAAAGCAGGAGUUGGGGCUGGGGAGAAGCUGCAGCGAAUGGAUAAAGGAGAAGCUCCUGGGAACGGAGCUGGGCUCGCUUUUUCUCCACAAUUAGCCUGGCUUAACUUUUUGUUUUUACACAUCGCACGAGGCGAUGCUGUCUCGAAAGCAGCGCAGCGGCAUCUGAAAUUUCUGGCACCGUUUCCCACACGCUACUCAUGGAUAAACCCGCUGCUGCCAUUUCCAGAAGAGACGCUCAUCCUUCGGUUGCCGCCUCCAACUACUUUAGCGCGGAGUCGGCAGCAGAUGGUGGACACGGCCCGAGGUUUCGGCGGGGAGAGCGAAGGGAUGCGCCAAGCGCGUACCGCCCGCCCUUAGCUCCGCGCCCGUUCCCGUUCCCCUCCAUGAGCCGCCCCGCGUCUCUCCUGCCGGCCGCCCGCUGCCGCAGCGCUCCGGCUAAGCGGCUCCAGCCUCUCCACGACGGCCCCGCCGAAGAAACGCCGGCCGCCAAGUACCCUCGCCUGGCCGACUGCGGACCCCCGGAUUGCCUCAGCGCUCCCGGGUCGCCUUGUUCGCCGGCUUCACCCCCCGCCGGCGGGGGAGCGGCGGGUCCCAGCCUGAUCGCCUCGUACCUGCUGCUGCCGCUGGCCGAGCGGGAGCAGGUGUCGAGGGCGUUGAGCGUGAGCUCCGGCCGGGAGCUGCGCUGCAAGGUGUUCCCCCUCAAACACUACCAGGACAAGAUCCGGCCUUACAUUCAGCUGCCGUCGCACAGAAACAUCACCGGGGUCGUCGAAGUCAUCCUCGGGGACACCAAGGCCUAUGUCUUCUUUGAAAAGGACUUUGGGGACAUGCACUCCUACGUGAGGAGCUGCAAGAGGCUGAGGGAAGAGGAGGCUGCCCGGCUGUUCAAGCAGAUUGUCUCCGCUGUAGCUCACUGCCACCAGUCGGCCAUCGUACUUGGUGACCUCAAGCUCAGGAAAUUUGUCUUCUCUAAUGAAGAAAGGACUCAGCUGCGGCUGGAGAGCCUGGAAGACACGCACAUCAUCAAAGGCGAAGAUGAUGCGCUCUCAGACAAGCACGGCUGCCCGGCGUACGUCAGCCCUGAGAUCCUAAACACAACAGGGACUUACUCUGGAAAAUCGGCUGACGUGUGGAGUUUGGGAGUGAUGCUCUAUACUCUGCUGGUGGGACGCUAUCCCUUCCAUGACUCGGACCCUAGCACUCUGUUUUCCAAAAUCCGCCGUGGACAGUUCUGUAUUCCUGACCACGUCUCCCCCAAAGCCCGAUGCCUCAUCCGCAGCCUCCUGCGGCGGGAGCCCUCUGAAAGACUCACUGCUCCGGAGAUCUUGCUUCACCCUUGGUUCGAGGCGGUCUUGGAGCCUGGAUAUACAGACCAGGAGACGGGAACUUCGGAUCAAAUUGUUCCAGAAUACCAUGGAGACAGUGACGAUAUUAGUUCCUUCUUCUGCUAACCGCGAAAUCUCAAAAACCUCGGCGGUUCUCACCUCCGGCAUCUUCGUAGGGUUUCAUUUUUCCACGUUUGCAAACUCAACAGCAUCUUAAAGUGCCAGUAUGGUCAGAAAAGUGACCUUGUUUAAAAUAAAUGCCAACCCAUAGAUCUCCGCUCCCUGAACAUACUCAGAGUUUCAUCCUCUUGCUCUGCUGGUAGGUCCGUCCCGCCGGCUCUGGAGGACCCGUGCAGCUUUGCAAGAGCCACCUGGCUUCUCUCCUGCCUCCUGCAUCCUCUAUCUUGGCUGCAGAGUCUUACGGCUGGCGAGAUGUGAGACAGAAAGGCAGCCCCGUCUCUGCUUCCCUGCGGUGGCUACGGGGCUGCAGAGCCCUGGCCGUGAUGCGUAGGGCGUGGGGGGCACGAGGCGCGCCUCUAACUGAGCAAACCUGACAGAAAUGGGUAAAAAGGGGAAUUGACUCGGCGUGCCACACUGGCCGGCUUGCAAAGUAGCUUUCUGACUGUAAGCGCACUUUAAUGAGGGAAGGAGGUCUUCGCCCGCCACGGCCAGCUGCCUGCUCGCUGCUGCACCUCUGGCUGAUAUUGCUUUCAGAGGCAUGAGGCUCCUAGAUCCAGCCGUAAGACAAAUCGCUGCUCUGGCUCUUUCCGAAGCAGAAACCGGUGGAUCUCCCAGCUGGAUCCCCUCCGAUUCCAUUCGCUGACCAGGAAAGCAUUUUGAAUAGACUUAAGCCUCACGUUACCAUGGCAUAGCCUAUAUAACUUUAUGCCCUCAGCGAGCUUGUCAAGUAGCAGGUCUCCUUAGCUCCGAGUGCCAAAACAUAUCCGUUUACCAAACCGUAACACUAUCGGCUGGGGCGUCUUCCCUUGGAAAACGAUAAGGGGUAUCUUGUACAGUACAUGUAAACAUGGUCGUGUUUUCCUACAGGCUCAACUCUUAAAAACAUCACAUCCCCUCUUCUCUUCCCUCCUCUACCCCCCAAAAAAAUUAGUCUUAAGAGUAAAAUCUCCACACACCCUUAGUUGAUUAUUCAGGUAUGUUGUUUGCCUCUGGCUACAUUUUUUUUUCCCUUAAAAAUUUUUUUUUUUUUUGCAUGAUUAUUCAUAGUCUUUCCAAUGUGCGUGGAUAUGAAUAUAUCUAAAUCAUUAGCUUCCUGGUUUGGGGGUAAGUAAAGCUUAGUCCUGCCUAAAAUUUCUGCUUUGUUUCACAUUUGUGUCCAGUGGCUUAUGCAAAGAGAUGUCCAUUCGCCUUAGGCGAGAGCACGGCUUCUGAAAUGGCCGUGAGGUGGCUAACGUAUGUCCCCAACACGGCACAGUUCCAGUGAAGUCAUUUUAAGGGUUAACCCCCAGCAAGCUGCAGUCCCACCACGCGUUGCGAGAAUACCAUGUAUACCUCAUGGACUGUGUACUUUGUACAUACCUUACUGUUUGGGGUUUUGUUUUCUUGUUUUGUUGUACUUUGUUUGUCCUAAUAAGAGGUGUCGAAGAGCAAUUUAAUGUGAAUUAUUGUUGGCAAUACUAACUUGACAGAAUCAUGAGCAUUAAGAGCAGGGCGCUACAGCUCUCCGUUGCACUAAACCUCUCAUGAUUGCUUGACAUUUGUAUCUGUGAUACAGUUUAACCCUUCUACGAAAAACAGUACAUUUGUAUAUAUUGGUAGAAAACUCUGCCAGAAAAGCUAAAAACACUAUGAUGUCCAACUUGUAAAUAUGUAUAUGUAUGUGGAAGCCUGGAUGAUAAAGUCUGACUUGUAGAAAGUUUUAAUAAACUUGGUUUCAUAA